AUGAGUAAACAGACAUCACUUUCAUCUUUUUUCAUAAAACCUGUGGUAGUUAAAAAUAAUGAAAAUGAAAAGACGGAAUCAAAUUCAAAUGAACAAGAAAUAAAGAAGGACGAAAUGCCUAGAAAAAAGGUAAAAAUUUCAAUGAACUACACAUAUAAAUACAUUGAUAAAUAUAUUGGUUAUGGGUUUACUUAUAUAAAUGAAAACGGAGUAGAUUUGCCACAAUGUGUUAUUUGCGGUAAUGUACUAGCAAAUGCUUCUUUAAAACCAAAUAAACUUUUACGGCAUCUUGAAACUAAUCAUAAUGAAUACAGAAAUAAAACUACAGAUUUUUUUUUAAGAAAACGUGAUGAGUUAAAGAUAAAUAAAAAAAAUAUUAAAUCAUAUACAACAGUUGACAAGGUGUAUUUAAAAUGUUCUUUUAUUGCAGCUAUGCAUAUUGCUAGGACAGAAAAGCCGUAUAAUAUUGGUGAAAAAUUAAUUAAACCUUGCAUGGUCGAUAUAUGUUCAGAACUAUUCGGUAAUGAACACGUCUCAAAAAUAAAAAAUAUCCCCAUGUCAGAUGACACUAUUCAUAAACGAAUUCUUUGUAUUGCUAAUGAUAUCGAAUAUCAGCUCGUCGAAAAAAUAAACAAAUCUUUAUUUUAUGCCAUCCAGUUGGAUGAAUCAACGGAUAUAAGCAAUUCAGCUAUAUUAUUAAUUUAUGUAAGGUACAUUGAUGAUACAUUUAACGAUAUAAAAGAAGAGUUUUUAUGCACCUUAAAGUUGAAAACAUUUACUACAGCAGAUGAAAUUUUCAAAACAAUGAAUAGUUAUAUGAUAUCUAAAAAUAUUAACUGGGCUUCUUGUAUUGGGAUUUGUACAGAUGGCGCAGCGUCUAUGACAGGGAUACAUUCAGGUGUAGUAUCACGCGUUAAGGAAGUAGCACAUGCACAUCUAAUUUCCACUCAUUGCUUUAUACAUCGAGAACAAUUAGCUGUAAAAGAUAUGGGUGAAAAUUUCAAUGAUAUUUUAAACCAAUGUACAACAAUUAUAAAUUUUAUUCGUGCAAGAGCUAUUAAUUCUCGUAUUUUUUCUGUCAUGUGUAAAGAAUUUGGUUCAGUUUAUAAUAAUGUAUUAUUUCAUUAUCAUAUACGUUGGUUAUCACGGGGAAAAGUUUUAACGAGAUUUAUUGAAUUAAGGACUGAAAUAGAAGUAUUUUUAAGAGAAAAAAAUUCACCGUUAUCCGACCAUUUUCAAGAUACAAUUUGGUUGGCAAAAGUUACGUAUCUUUCAGAUAUAUUAUCGUUAUUAAAUGAGUUAAAUUUGAGUAUGCAAGGGCCAUUAACUAAUAUUUUUACAUGUUAUAAUAAAGUUGAAGCUUUUCUAAAGAAACUUGAUCUUUGGAUAAAACGAAUUCAGGAAAAUACAUAUAUGUUUCCAUCAUAUUAUAAUAUGACUGAAGAAAAAUUAUUAAAAAAAAAUGAAAUUAAUGUAAUGCAAUGUGUAAUUAAAACACAUUUGUCGAAAUUAAAAAAUAAAUUAUUAAAGUAUUUCCCACCAUCUCAUGAUAUUCGAUCAAACAAUAUGUGGAUUCUUAACUCGUUUUUGCCCUGUGAAAAUCAUGAAUUAUCUUUAUUAAAUGAAAGCCAACUAUUAGAAUUAUCGUCAGAUAAAUUAUUAGAACAAUCUUUUAACACUAAAAAUUUAAACCAAUUUUGGAUAUCUUUAAGAAAUGAGUAUCCUAAUCUUUACGAAGAAGCAUUAAAGAAAUUAGUUCCUUUUGCAACAACAUAUUUAUGUGAAUCCGGAUUUUCGACAUUAACUACGAUCAAAACCAAAGCAAGAAAUAAGCUUGAUGUCGAACCCACGAUGCGUAUUUCACUUACUAACUCCAUAGAAGCUCAAAUUGAUUCAUUGGUGAAGCAACAUCAAGACCAAGGGAGUCAUUAA